UCUUCUGCGUUCCACCCGGGCUCCUCAUAGUCUCCGCUCCUCACAAACCAGGCCGCCGCCGCCGCUGCUCGCGUUCCUCGAAUCCCUAGCUCUACCACCCUCGUUGCUACCAAUCUCACCUUACCUUGCUCCUAUCCUCCUUCGAGAUCCCGUUCAUGCUCAGCCCGUCGUAUCCUCCCCAAUCCCCAUCCCAGAUCCGGAAGCUUGGGGUCAGCUUCGAGGGUUCCUGCAGGCCGCUACGCGCCUGGCCGUGCAGGCCUCCGCCCGGCGCCCCGAGGUCCCAUCCAGGCUGCCGCCCUACACCCCGCCAGGAGGCCGUCCUGCAGGCUGCCGCCGUGCGCCCCGAGCACAGCAAGCAGGAGGCCCUCACCUCCACCGCUGCUGGAUUUGUCGAUUCCAUUUCCACCAGAUCGAGGCGGCGACGGCCGAAGAGGGCAACCUCGACCUCAGCAGCAGCGGGUCAACACGCUCGUGUCCAAGAUCUGCCUCUGAUGCGUAGAACUCCGCCACCACCGUUCAUCUCCUCCUCGGGUUCUCUCUCCCCCUGUAUCCAGGUGAGACCUCACUUUGGACGAAGGAGUGCAAUAGAAUUGAAAGCUCUACAUAAUUCUAGGUGGCGAACAGGCUCCAAGCUCAUGUGCAGCUGUACAUAUUUUCUAAUUUUGAAAUUGGAGAUUGUAAUUUGUAAGAUGUUUAAUGUGCUAGUAAAAUUCUACAUCAGAUCUCGUCUCUUCGCCAGAUGUGUAAUGUGCUGCAUAAUUUCCAUUGCAGACGUAUCACCAACGGUUUCUGUUCAACUCUUGCUACCUAUUGCCUUCGAGCAACUGCAAAGAGGAGCACCAAGUCUGAUGUUUGUGCACGUCAACAACUUGAGUCUGAACUUGAGAGUCCGAAGCAAGGUGGUAAUCAGAAGCAAGUAGCAAAUCUUAGGUUACCAGGAUGAGUUGCAUUCUUUGAGAUUUUAAUACUGUAACAUGUAUCUGUCUGGAUUCUUGUAAUUGUGGAGUACUAUAUGGCUAUCUGAGAUUAAAUAUAAAUUAUUUGAUUUUAAAUUUGCUUUGGGCUA